CCGCGUGUGCGUCUCCGAUCACUCCGACUGCACACACCGCACACAGCACAGCGCCCUGCUCUCAGGACACGCAGCAUCCGCACCGCACCGCAUCGGAGUCCCGCACACAAUCAGGCACCGGCUGCAGGUAACACCAGGUAGGACUGUCUCACCUUCAGCACCAGAUCCUCAACCAUGCCUGGAAUCUACAUGAUAAUGGCCAUGUUGGUCCAUGUCUUUGCCCAAGAAAUGGAAGAACCCGUCACUUACACGUGCACCGAUGGCUAUGAGUAUGAUCAUGUCAGACAAGUGUGCAAAGACAUCGAUGAGUGUACCAUCGUUCCCGAUGCCUGCAAAGGUGGUAUGAAGUGCUACAACCACUUUGGUGGAUACCUCUGCCUGCCGCAGAACGCGCAGAUCUUUGUAAGCAGAGGGGAAGAGGUGCCGCAGCCGACCGAACCGAGUCCGCCCAUCCCUGCGGUCCCACCAGUCCUGAACUCUCAACCCCAUCAGACAGGAAGCCGAGUGCAUACUGUGCACAGGGGCAUGCACUGCUUACCUGGGUACACCAUGGAUGAGCAGAAUUACUGCAGAGAUAUAGACGAGUGCAAUACAGGAAGACACACAUGCAGUGCGGAUCAGACCUGCUAUAAUACCUGGGGAUCCUUCUUAUGCCAGUGUCCACCAGGCUACCAGAAGAGCGGUGACCAAUGUGUGGAUAGAGAUGAGUGCCUGAUGUCACACUACUGCAUGCACAGAUGUGUGAAUGUUCCGGGAUCCUACUACUGUGAGUGUAACACUGGCUACCAGCUUGCCAGCAACAACCACAGCUGUGUGGAUGUGAACGAGUGUCAAGUAAGUCAGCCGUGUGAUCAUCAGUGCUACAAUCUUAUGGGAUCCUUUAUCUGCCACUGUAGCCAGGGCUAUGAGCUAGGACCGGACACGGUUUCCUGUGUAGACAUUGAUGAGUGUGCCUUCUCCCGCUACAUGUGCCAAUACGCCUGCGUUAACAGCCCCGGAGCAUAUUCCUGCACUUGCCCUGAAGGAUAUGAGCUCCAGGGAACAAGAACGUGUCAAGACAUUAACGAGUGUGAAACAGGCCAGAAAUGCAGUGAAGAUGAGAUGUGCUGGAAUUAUUACGGAGGCUUCCGGUGUUACCAGAAAAACCCAUGUCAAGAGCCUUAUGUGCGCACAUCCGAAAACCGUUGUGUGUGUUCUUCCACAAGUGCGUGCCGUGGCCUGCCACAGUCUAUUGUCUACAAGUACAUGAACAUUCACUCUGACCGUACCAUACCGGCAGACAUUUUUCAGAUCCAAGCCACUAAUAUCUAUAAUAACAUGCACAACACUUUCAGGAUCAGAGCCGGCAACGAUGGAGGAGAGUUCUUCCUGAGGCGUUCCAGUAAUGUCAGUGCAAUGCUGGUGUUGACCAAGUCCCUAGAGGGCCCUCUUGAGAUGAUCGUCGAUCUAGAGAUGAUCACGCACCACAGCACCACAAACUAUCGCACCAGCUCCUUAUUACGGCUUACCAUCAUCGUGGGACCGUUCUCCUUCUAAUGGCUGCUGUCUUCACAUGUUUAAACAUAUCCAGUACGCUACAGUGUGUUCUAGCUCCCCAGCAUCGCAGUGCCAAGAAUUUAUGAACUGUGCAAGUCGAGUCUUCUUUUUAUUCUUUCACGGUUUGUAUAGUUGAUCCUGCUCUUCUUUUUUUUUUUUUUCCUUUUUUUUCCCAACAUGGUAUAGUUGCGGAUAUAUAUGUGAUUUUUUUUUAUUUUUUUUACUGACAAUGAAAGUGUGUGUUUGACAGAAUAUAUUGUGACCCUGAGACAGAGUUCUGUAAGUUCCAGAGAGACAGGGAUUGAUGCUAGGCACCAGUUAUAAAAGGUAUAACAGCAAAAUGUUAUACAUUUAUAGCAUUUGGCAGAUGCCCCUUACAUUUUGAUCUCAUUCUACAUUUGAGUAGUUGAGGGUUAAAGGCCUUGUUUAAGAGCCCAGCUGUGGUAACUUGGUGGUUGUGGGGUUUAAACCUGGGACCUUUUGAACCAUGGUCCAAUGCCUCAACCACUGAGCUACCAUUAAUGUAUUUUUAUGUCGUACUGGGUGAAUGCCCAUUUUGUUCAUGACCCAGAUCACUAGUUUAAUUCUUAUUCAAAUAUAAGCACCAAGUGGGUUUUAUCCUGUGUGAGCUGGACACAAAUUAAACCUCAGGAUCCCCCCCCCCCCCCCCUUUGAACCCUGUCCAGUGGCUCGGUCCCAAUAUUUACUAAAGUGUUCUCAGGCAGCACAAUUAUUGAAGUGAAAUCAUUUUUAAUCUUGGGGACAAAACAUUAUUUUCUAGGGUAUUUUAAACAGCACUUGAGUGUUUGCAGCGUCAGUUGAUGAGUUUAGGCACUGUUUAUGUGGUUGGAUGAUGCCAUUUUAAUAAAUCUAGAUUCAUUUCCUUUUCUUUUAUGAAUGUUGCUUUGUAGCUAGUCUCAGUGGCAACAUGGCCCUUAAACAAUAAAUAUCCAGGAAAUGAUGGCUGUGCCACAGUAAGGCAAGAGCUUUUGAGUGUUUCCCACAAAUGGAUUAAAUGGGCUAAUGCACUGGAAAGCACUUGGCCAUCUGCAUUAGUUCCAGUGAGGUUACCCUGGACAAAAAAAAAAAUCUCUGUUGCCAGUCCAAGCUAUCAAUCAGCUGAAUAUUGUAUGAACAUAAAAGAUUUGUAUAGAUGAAUGCAGUAUGUAGUCAUGAACCAUGCAAAGGAACGGAGCUCGUGGUCUCGUACCCGUUGUAUGUGUAGCAUUAAUAAAGUGUCGAUAAUAAUAAUUACUUCAUGUCUACAUCAAGCCUUGAGGUGUUUAUUCCUUAGCUGUAGUGCUAGGAGAAUAUGUAGACCAACCUCCAAAAAGUUUAACAACCAGUGCCUUAUAUAUCAAUGCAGUAAUAAAUGCAAUAGCCUAUAAAACUAUAUUUGUAUAUUCAGUGCCACAGUAAAAAAAAAAAUGCAUUUUUAUUUACACAUUUUUUUCUUUAUUUAAAACUGAUUACAUAUAUAAUCAUGAAUGUUUUUGUUGUACUCUGAAGCAGAAGAGAAUUGUUUUAAAAAAAAUAAAGGUUAUAUUUAAUGAGUAA